AUGGGGAUAGGCGGCGGAGGAGGAGAGCAGAGGAAAGGCGGUGGCGAAAUGAUGGCGAUGGCGAGCUUGUUCAACGAUCAGCAGAACCCAAUUCAGCAGUUACAGGUCAAAUUCAAGGAGGUGGAAGUUGGUUUCAAGACGUGGUUGUCGAAGCAGUCGCUUCCGGUGGAAGCCGCCGUCGUUUCCACCAUGAGCGGUGUACAGGGAGCUUUCAUCGGCGGUCUAAUGGGAACACUAUCCCCUGAAAUGCCUCAGUCCGGCGUUGACGCCCAAGCCAUGGCCUCGAUGAAGCAAGCUCAGGCUCUUGUGGGUGGACCAUGGGUCCAGGCUCGGAAUUUUGCUGCCAUUACUGGUGUUAAUGCUGGAAUUGCUUGCGUAAUGAAACGCAUUCGAGGCAAAGAGGAUCUUGAGUCUGCCGUGGUCGCAGCAUUAGGAUCUGGAUUCGCGUACUCUUUGGUGAGCCAAGGCUUGCAAGGACAACCUAUGAACGCAAUCACCACCGCUGCUGGAUUUGCUGUAUUCCAAGGAAUCUUUUUCAAGGCGAGUGAAUCAUUUUUGGACUCUUUACUUAUGGAUCAUGUGCGCGCUAAGAGAUGUGAGUAUCCCACCAGGGCCAAGGCUUCUGAUACUAGACCAUAUCCAGAGUACAGGGACCCUGAGAUGAAGGGCAAACGAGGAAAGUAG